AUGGCGGGACGCGUCCCCCCUGGCUCGGGGGCUAACCAAAACCGAGUGUUCAUUGAUUUGACUGAUGACAAUGAGCCGGAUGAUUCUGAGGUGGCACCAAAGACAUUGGUCCAAGGCAAGCUUCCAUUUGUGACAGCAUUAGCCUAUCGGUCACCAACUGUGCCUCUGAAGCGCAAAAGCUUAGAUAUAUCUGAGGGAUUCUCAGAUUCUUCGUCAAGCGAUGUGCACAGAUAUGUACCGCGUAUGCGCCUCUCGCAUGCGCAUCCUGAUCCUUCUACACCCAGCCCACCGCCAACCGUAAAACAAUCUCAGAUUAGUGUGGUGAUCCCAUCACCAACAUCGAAGCAAAAACGGGAAAUUGCGCUUGCGCAAUCCGUCUCGAAUGUGAAUGGAAUGGACGUCAACAUAUUUCCUACAACUGAUGAAGAGGAAAGAGUGACUAAAGCUGCAUACCCUACCAAGGGUCGUGUUGAGCGUCGUUCUAUCCCUUUGUCAUUCAAAUCAAGCUCGGUUCUUAAUCUACCAUCCCCUUCGAAAACAGACCACCUUGCAAAGCUCCGCCACACUCUUGACGAGAAGCUAAAGCGCAUCGAUGGGCCUAUGGUCACUCCGACAGUGGAUUCCCCACAGCGUCUUGCUAAACUAGCUGAUAAUUUUGAAUUCGUCAAUAGUUAUCAGUAUCGCGCGGGUGUUGAACGAAUUCCCGAUGACUCUGAUUUCAACAUUGGCUGUGCUUGCAGUGAAAAUGAUGGAUGUGACCGUUUCGAGUGCGAUUGUCUGAGUAAGGAAGAACAUUCGGAAGAUCGAAUCGUCCCAUAUGAAGUCUGCGAAAAAAAUCGUAAAUUGAUUGUGGCAACCAAAAGUUUCCUUAAUCGCAAGGCAAUUAUCUAUGAAUGCAACUCCCGUUGUGGUUGCAGUGGGAAACGAUGCUGGAAUCACGUCGUCCAGAAAGGACGAACUGUCAGAUUGGAAAUCUUUGACACUGGAUCUCGUGGCUUCGGUCUUCGGUCCCCCGAUCUGAUUCACCGCGGACAGUUUAUCGACCUCUACCUCGGUGAGGUCAUUACAAAGGCCGAAGCCGAUGAGCGUGAGAACCUUACCGAUGGUUCUCAUACGCAGUCAUACCUUUUCUCUUUGGAUUGGUAUGUGAAGGACGAUGACGAUGAGGAAGAAAACAUGAAAGUGAUCGACGGCCGCAAGUUUGGCUCAGCAACUCGGUUUAUGAAUCACUCAUGCAAUCCUAAUUGCAAGAUUGUCCCAGUUUGCACCACCAACCACGCCGAUGAAUACCUCUACAACCUUGCAUUUUUUGCAAACCGUGACAUCUCCCCUGGUACUGAGUUGACGUUCGAUUAUAACCAAGGCGAGGAGAACACAACGCCUCAAAAGAUUGACCCUGAGGCUGUGCAGUGCCUCUGUGGUGAGGUCAAGUGCCGUGGACAAUUAUGGCCAAAUAAGCGCAAAGGCCAGGGAUCUAGGCCUUAA